UCCGACUCUGGAUGUAUGACUAAGGACGACAGACUGCGCUGAGAUUCUUUUCCGGACGUUUUUGGGCGAAUUGAAAAAAAAGCGAGACGACAUUUCCUUCCUUGCUCCCCCUUGAAAACGUUGCCGUGUGGACUCUACCGACUUACCGCAAUAAGAAAGGAUGUAUCGAGGCUUUGGGGGUCAAGGACGAGGCAACCCGCCGUACACAGGCAGCAGCAGCUCCGGGUCCAACUCUCUGUCUCUGGGAAGCAGCGGCACCUCAACCACACAGCAGGAGCAGAAAUUCACAAUGGCAGGCAGCAAUCAGUUUGUACCAAGCCUCAAUGCCAUUACAACCAAUCAGGACCUCCAGUGGCUGGUUCAGCCCUCCUUGAUGCAUCCACCAGGCCCUUCACGAUCACCGGUGCCUCCUUAUCCGUCGCUCUCAGGGGCGCGCCCGCUGGGUCCACCGCCAUCCCAGUCCCAUCUUUUCAGACCAGGGGUCAUAAGGGCAGCUGCAAACAGUCCGACUUCAACAAGGCGCAGGAAUGAUGACCAUUUGUCCCAUGAGGAACUGGAGAGACGCAGAGUAAGAAGGGAACGGAAUAAACUGGCAGCAGCAAAAUGUCGCAAUCGUCGUCGGGAGCUGACGGAUUCUCUGCAAACUGAGACCGACGAGCUGGAGGAUGAAAAAUCCCGUCUACAGAAGGAGAUAGCUGAUUUACAAAAGGAGAAAGAUAAGCUUGAGCUAGUCCUGGAAGCGCACCGUCCAAUUUGCAAAAUAGAGGACUCGGAUUCGGAUUCUGACCCAAAUCCUUCAAUUUCCACUUUGGGAGCCAUCAAAUUGGAGCCAGAGGACUCCAUUAGACCUGGACCCUCAACCAAACUGCCAACAAAGAUGGAGAAGCCCAAACCAAAGAUAACUAUCCCCACCAAGCCUGUAACAUCGACUACCGCUGCUGUUGUCACCGAAUCUGAGUCGCUCCACACCCCGAUCCUCAUAUCUACUCCCUCCCUCAUGUCCUUCACAGCUGGCAUGGUGUUCACUUACCCCGCUGCCCCUUUAGACACCAGCAGCUCCACCACGUCCCACGUUACAUCACAUCAGGGAAGUGUCCAGCAGUCUCAGGCCCCUCAGCCCUGUGGCGUCGCUCAUCGCCGCAGCAGCAGCAGCGGUGACCAAUCAGAUCACUCCCUGCACUCGCCAACCAUCCUCACUCUGUGAUCAGCAGCUCUGCCAUCCUGGCAAAACACUAAUGUUCAUUUCAAAGCAGUCAUAGCGUGAGUGGCAGAGAGGCUCUCUGAUGGAGAUGAAAAUAACGAUUUUAAAAUGCAUCUGCUUCAUUUCAUCUGUUUAGAAAGUUGAUUCUUUUCAUAGAUAACAUGAAAGUUAAUGGCAUUAUCAGGAUUUGAAUGUUACACUCUUUUUAGUUUUUAUCUAUAUACAAAAUCUAUAUAUUUCUAAUUUUAAAAACUAUAAGAUGGAAUGUGUGUGUUUGAGGUUUAUUAUGAAAGCAUUGCAUGCAGAAUAUAUUCUAAUAUAAAGAAUUAUACUACAAGCUUUAUAGAAAGAACUGUGAUAACUCCAUCUAAUGAUAUAUUAAUUGUGAUAAAUCAACAUAAUGUUGCCUUUAAUACCUUGUUACAUUGUCAUGUCAUGGUGUGUGACACUUUAUAAAAGUCCUCAACAAUGAAAAUUGAGAACUUAUAAACAAAAGGUCCUUAUUUUUGUAUGAGUCCUGUAAGAAUUGAAUUGCAUAGAAUUGUAUAUGCAAAUUAUUGACCACUAAGGCUGGGCCGUAGGAGUUAAUACAGAUUAUAUAACCACAUAUUUAUUUUUAAGAGUGUAAUAUAUUUUUGGUAAUGCUUGUAUUUUUCUCUGAAAAAUUAACUGAUUUGGUGGGCAGUGCCUUACUUUUAUCUUUUGUCCAAACUCUACUAGUUCAUGGAUAAUAAAGAGAAAAUGUUCAAAGCUG